AUGGCACAGGAAUCGAUGAGAGCUCCUCCCGCUGUCUUACCUUUGUCUGCCACUUUCACUCAACCUCUUCCCGAAUACGCCACCAAAGAACUUGCUGAAGAAGCCUUUUUUGGCCUACUUAAGGAAACUGGUGUAAAAUCAGAUUGGAGUUGGGAACAAGCACAACGCGCUAUUAUCACCAAACCCUUAUACAAAGCUUUAAAGACCAUCGGUGAACGAAAAUCCGCCUUCCAUGCCUUUGUCGAUGCAGAGGCCAAGCGAGAGCGAGAGGAACGAGAGCAACGUGAAGCGCGACAAAAGUCAUUAUUCAUGGCCAUGCUUCAAAAGCAACCGGGUAUUAAACCUUACACGCGAUUCCGCACCAUCCUUAAAACCUGCAGUCAUUUACCGGCAUUCACAGACAUUCAAUCCGAGAAGCAAUGUGAAAUCUAUUUCGAUGAAUACAUUCAAACGAUGCAACGGGAAGAAAAGGACCGUUUAAGAGAUUUACGUAAAGCAAGCAUGGAAAAAUUCAGCAAAUUAUUACACUCGAUACCGGAAAUCACAUAUAAAACCUCUUGGAAAGAAGCCCAAUAUCUGUAUCAAAAUACGCCCGAAGGAAGAAAUCCUGAUGCGUUUCAAGGUAUGGAUAUGUUAGAUUUCUUAUCUGUCUUUGAAGAAUAUAAUAGAUCUCUUUGGGAGGAACCCAUCAGCGAAAUAAAUAAAAAGAUCUUUCAACGGAGAAGAAAGGAAAGAAAGGCAAGAGAAGGGUUCAGGGACUUAUUGCAGGAAUUAGUAUCUAAUAAUCAAAUUAACGUACGUACAUUGUGGAAAGAUAUUUACCCGCUGAUUAAGGAUGAUUCACGUUAUAUAUCUGCAGUGGGCCUUCCCGAUUCAACCCCUCUAGAUAUGUUUUGGGACGUCAUUGAUGAUUUGGAUGAACAACUAUACCACCAAAAAAAGACUGUCUAUGCCGCCCUAAAAAAAGCAGAUUUUGAAGUGGAUACCGAAACCGCCCUGGAGGAUUACAUGUCGGCUUUGGAUGCGGAUGAAAAAGUCAAGUCAGAUAUCAGUCAGGAAAACUUGAAUUUCAUUUUUGAACAUUUACAAUUCAAGGCCGCACAAAGAUUAAAGGAUGAGAAACGUCGCCAAGAAAAGAAGAUGAGAAAAAAGCUGGAUAUGUUUAGACAUGCUUUGAAGCACGCUUUACAACCUCCCGUUCAAUUAGAAGAUACUUGGGAGUCUAUCAAGCCCCGUGUCGAGGAAUUGCAAGAAUAUAAAGAUAUUGAAGAAGAAGCUUUAAAAGAAGAAGUCUUCGAAAAGUUUUUGUGUCGUCUUAAGGAAAAAAAGGAGGAUGAAGACGAGGAGGAAGAAGGCAUGAUCAAAGAGGAAGAAGAAGGUAUGAUUAAAGAAGAGGAUGAAUCACACGAAAAGCGUCGUGGUAGUAGACGUAGUCGUAGAAAGGAUUAUGGCAGCGAUAGUGAAGAAGAGAGAGCAAAGAAGAGAAGAAAGAGACAUACUUCCAAGGGUUAUUCCAGCGCUGAAGAAGGCGAAGCCCUUGAUGAUUAUCAAAACGAUCCUAGAAGAUUAAAGUAA